AAUUCUACAUUUCCACAACCUAUUUAAACAAGAAAAAGAAUGGUAGGGCAGAAAAAAAAAAAGAAACAAAAAGGAAAAAGUGAAAAUGCGAGGAGUAGUGAGAAGCAAAGUCGGCAGAGCUCUGUAUUCGGUGGCGCGGCGGCGGCGGCGGGAACGGCAUCGGCGACUUCUGCUGCUGCUGUUUCUAGAAAUCCAUUAAAACACCCUGGCCAUGAUUGGUUAAUUGUAAGAACUCUCGCCUCUAUAUGCUGGACCACUCAAUCUCAUUCCUCCUACAAAGUUCACACUGGAGCAGGAGCUCUGCUCGCUUCCCCGUGGUCUAUUACUCAGCUCCGUCACGCCAGAUUUUCCGGCGCGGAUGUGAGACCUGGGAAUGUCAUCGAGAGAAAAGGAAAGAUUUAUCAGGUAGUAAAGGCCCAGCAUACAACUCAAGGAAGAGGAGGAGCAAUAAUACAGGUGGAACUGCGUGAUGUUGAUAGUGGAAGUAAAGUAAAUGAAAGGUUCCGUACUGACGAGUCUAUUGAAAAAGUUUAUGUUGAAGAAAAAUCUUUCAGUUACCUUUAUAAUGAGGAUGACAUUGUUGUUCUUAUGGAGCCUGAGACAUAUGCACAAAUUAAUGUUCCAAAGCACUUGUUUGGUGAAUCUCUUCCAUACCUCCAAGAUGAUAUGAAAGUUAAGCUGCAACUUUACGAUGAGAAGCCGAUGUCUGUGUCAAUUCCUCCGAAAGUGACAUGUACUGUUGCUGAGGCACAAGUUCCAAUAAAGGGGUCUACAGCAACUCCUCAGUAUAAGAAGGUUAAGCUGGACAAUGGUCUCACAGUUCAGGUACCAUCUUACGUGUUAGCUGGCGAGAAGAUAAUUAUCAAUACUGCCGAUAAUUCUUUCAUAAGCAGGGCUUAAUCUGGGCCCUUUUGAAUGCUCUGGAGUUAUCGUUCAGGAUGGACCUUUUCUGCAGGCACUCGUUAUAUAGGAUUACUUCAAAUUUUGUCACUGUAGGUAAUGAUGGGUUGAUGAGAAACAAGUGUUCAUUUCGGGGUUAUUGCGUAUGCAGUAUUUCUUUUCAAUGAGAAUGUUUUACAUUUUGCAUAUUUAUGAGAAUCCCACUUUUCGACUUGUCGAUCCGUAUAUUCCCCCAGUGGGAGGGAGGUGAUGAGGCUACAGCUUUGUCCAGUGGUUUUGGAAAAGAACUCAUGGAUGGAGAUGGGACCAUUAGAAUGGAUUUUUGACACAGGUAUUCAUAUUUGGAUCAGCAGCAUUGCAUGGAAGCCAAAUGCCCCAGCAAUGUGCAAAAAUGACUUCCCACAAAUCAUUGGUGUUGUAUUAUCACGGGUAUUAUUGAUCUCUUCAAUUGAUUUGUGCUUCUUACCUAAUCUUGUACAUAAAACGUUUAUCUUUUUUCAAUAAAGAAUCAACGUGAAUCACCAUGCAU